UUUCUCUCUCUCUCAAAAUAAAUAAACAUUAAAAAAAAUUUUUUUAAGUUUGUUGAAUUAAUUAACAAUGGCAUGAAUAAAUGAAGGUCAUUAGUGACUUGCCCAGGAUCGAUAUAGCAAGACAGACCAUGGCCAGGUAUUCUAAAUUUUAGUCCAUGUUACUAGCCUUCUCACAAAGACCUUGUCCUCAAUUGUUCUGAAUUACUGCAACCAAAGCAACUUCACAACUCAUGUCCAAUUUCUCGACCCUACCAUUUUCUAAGGAUGGAAUUUAUGCAGCAAGGAGAUGCGAUAUGUAUAGCAGUUUUUUUUCCAAGAAAUACAUGCUAUCUUUUUGCUCUAUUUCGAAGGGUUUUUUUUUUUAUGAUAAACCAUGCCGCUAUUUAAAACUUGUAAAGCUUUUUGAGAUUCUCAGAAGAAAUAUAAGGCAUAGAUCACAAAGAACAGUUUUAUCUCUUGCAAUAGGAUUUCCUGUUCAAAAAAUGAUGUUAAUUUGAAAAGCUGAUACCUCCAAAAGAGCAUUCUAUUAGGUGGGUAAUCAUCAUCAUAUUGCCAGCUGCUGUGUAUACCCUUCUCUUAAGAAUGAAAAAGUAAAAAUCCACUUUGUUGUGUACAAGUGCCUUGCGUGUUUUAUAAAAUCCACAUAAAAUGGUCAGUGGUUGGAGGAGAGGCUCCUGUAUUUAUAAGACAAAUAAGUUCACUGUCACCCCUGAAGAAACUUGAAGAUAUGAUUCUCAGGGGUGUUUGGUGCCUUGGAUGAAAAUGGAAUCAUUAUUUUUCAACUUCCCCUGCUCACGUCAUUGACUCCCACCUGCAGCCGGUCCAUUGGUUAUAAGUAGCCAUAAAUGGCCUUGCAGAUUGUAAGCAGGGUAGCCAACCAGGACCAGCAAAGCCAAACUCCUGCUUCGUUCCACCAUGCCCAAAGCACUCCUGCUGCUGUGUGUUGUCCUGGUGCUACUUGGGCUUGUGCCUGGAGCCACAGUGAGAAACGGAGAGAAAUGGAAGCCGCUCAACAAUCCCCGGAACAGAGAGCUGUUUUUCAGAACCCUUCAGGCAUAUCUUAAGGGAAGAGGUCUUGAUCUUGGGAGAUUUCCGAACACUUUCUCCAUGAAUGAGAAUCCCAGACCCCUCUCUUUCCAAUCAGAACUUCUUGCUUCUGCAUUUGCAGAUUAUGAGGAGCAGAAAAACUCCUUUCCUAAUUACAUCAAAGGCUGAAUGUUUCCUCUGAACACAGGUGUCUGGCUAUUUUAAAACUACAGAUCAAGCUUCUCAUCAGAAAAAUUCAAUCAUGGUCAUGGCUAAACCUUUUCCCCCUCCACUUUUGUCAAUUUAUAAUGGUUUUAUUCUACAUUUCCAGAUUUACAUAUAAAUGGGUCGAGCUUUGGGACAUAUGUGACUUAUGUGCAUAUUUUUGGAGUCUUUUUUCCAUUCUAUAAACCAUAAACAUCAAUGUAGAGCACUGGACAUAUUUCUAAGAGUUACAAAAAUACUGUAGAGUCCAAAGAGAUGAUGAUCUUUCAAAUUACCUUUCCUUUAAGCUUGUCUUUCAAGCUUGUGUGCUUAUUACCUUUUAUCAAUAAAUAUUAAAAAAAAUUUUUUUUAAUGUUUAUUUAUUUUUGAAGGAGAGAGAUACAGAGUAUGAGCGAGGGAGGGGAGGAGAGAGAGAGAGACACAGAAUAAUGAUACAGGAAAAGCAGCUAUUCCAAAUGAAAAUAUGAGAGUCAGAAUAUUUCAGCCUAAGUUGGUGGAGAGAGGAGAAUGUCAGUUGGUUGUAAAAAAAGGGACCGGGGCGCCUGGGUGGCGCAGUCGGUUAAGC